UUUGUCGGCCGUAAAUCGAAUAGGGAAGGCGGCUGACUCCGCCAGGACGAACCGGCUCGGCCCUAUACAGGCCUUAACAAAGGGUUCUCUCAACUUUUUCAGAGAGAACAAGCCAAAAAAAUAAAAAUAAAAAUAAAAAUCCCAGUUUGGGGCCAAACUCAACUCAACAGAAUAGAAGAAUCUCAGAGUUUUAGGUAUUCUGAUUGAUAGAUAGAAUAGAAAGAACAUGCAGAGUUUUUGAGUGAAUAAAUAAGUAAGCAUAUCAAUGGGGAGACAGAAAGGAGAUGGAAACAGAAGCAAGGCACGUCCCUCCAGCAGCAGUCUGGCUGCUUCGCUCGUGCCGUCGGGUUCUACAGCCGUUGGAUUCGGGGGUUUUGUGGGUAGUUCGCGGGUCGAUUCGGCUCUCUCAACCGAUGAUUCUGUCCCCUUUUUGGAUAUUGAUGGUGAAGUUGCACAGCACUUGAAGAGGCUUGCCAGGAAGGAUCCAACCACCAAGGUAACAGUACAGUUACAUGUAAUGAUUAUUAUUAUUAUUUUUGUAUCAACUUUUGUAGAAGUUUGGUUAGUAACUUCUUUCGAAACCUAA